AUGAAAAACACGGUUUCUUUUCUUCAAUCUAUUAAAAGAUCCCUUCAUAAAACCCCCUCAAUUUCCAGUUCAAUCAACAUUCAACGCGGGAGAGACCACGGAAUUCCUGGAUAUAUUGCUUGGCGUAGUUUAUGUAAUUUGCCACAUGUCAAAGACUUUGCUGAUUUAAACACAACAAUUAGUAAUGAAAUUGUGAGGGAAAACUUGAAAAUUUUGUAUAAAAAAGUUGAAUUGAUUGAUAUGUAUGUUGGUGCUCUUUUAGAGGAUCCUAUUGAAGGGGCUCUUAUUGGUGGGUUUUUGAAAUUUAAGGGAGAAUUUUCAAAAGUUUUUACAAAAGUUAAUAUAAAGGAGGUCUGCUAG